CGAACGAAGAAACGCGUCGAGUACAAUCGUGACGGGGCGCCGCAGCGAUGGCCGCGCUCCUCGACGACGACAACGACCAGCUCUCGGCCUUCCUCGCCUCGACGACCGACUUUGGUGGCGGCACCAAGCCGACCAAGGGCGGCUACCAGCGGCCAAAGGAAGAGCUCGAGUACCUCAAGCGCAAGCACGACGCACUCACGCAGCAGCUCCACGCCCUUCACGCGCAGCAGGCGCUCGUGCCCGUGAGCUCACGCUGGGCAUUGCGCGCCGUCGAGCAAACGCAGCUGGCGCAGCGGUCGCUCCUCGAGAACAAGCGGCUCAAGGAGAUGGUGGAAGGCCAGCUGCAGAUGAUCACGUCGCUGCAAAAGAUGCUGCUCAAGCACCCAGCGCUCACGACGUUCCGGCCGUCGACGGGACUAUGCAUCCUCGGCAUCGAGCAUCGGCGGCAGGAGGUCGAUGCGCUCAUGGCGUACCAUCUCGAGCGGCUCGAGUCCGAGUGGAUCCGCCACCGCCUGUACGAGGCGCUCGACGACGACACACCGCUGAACCAGCUCACAGUGCUGGAGCCAGCGACGACGCCCGAGAUUCGUCUCAGCUACGUCGGGUCGCAGCGCAUGCCGUUGGACUUUCGCACCAUGGGCGACGUGCUCUGGGACCACAAACUGGGCGACCAUCACCCAGUCUCCGAGAUUCUAGAACGCUUCAAUGACAAUCUGGUCUACGUACGGGAAGAAAAUGCUUUGCACGACUCGGACGCCCCAGUGCUCGAGUCCCGGUCCAUCGUCCAGCGCAUCCAGCAAGACCAGCGUGUGGUCAUGUUGUGGCGGUCCAUUCUAGAGGACCGUCUGUACCCGCAUGGCCCCAACCGACUCAUCGCCAAUCGCAUGGGCUGGGUCGUGGUCCACCCGCGCAGCCAUAACGAGUGCGUCUUGCAGACGGUCGUGGUCAUGUCGACGCCGAUUGCGUCGAGUCUCAUGGUGCAGCCGGCCGUCGGCACCCUCACGGAGCUCGUGCUGCACACGUCCGAGGCGAACCGCCGCAAGUUUGGCGUUGGCUUGCACAACGCCGUCGCAGCGCGCGUCGCCACACGGCAAGGCAAUCUCUCGCCGUAUUCAGAGCCUCCUGCAAUCAAGCGCCCGCGACGAUAACACAUGCUUCAUGUCGUC